AUGACUUCACCGCACGCCUCCACGACCGAGGUCGUCCCCGCGAUAGCGACGACUGCGAUCGACGAUAACCCGCCUAAUCAGCGCGAACUCACCGCCGCGGAUGAUACCGAACAUGGGAGUGGCAAGAUGGAACGAGAGACGCUCUCCGAGACGUUGCCGCCCGAGGAGAACAAGGAAAUACAAGGUGUUGCAGGAGAUGCAGAGCAGGGGAAGACAUUUGAGCAAACACCGAAUAGAACAGAAGAUGUAACCAUGCUCGAUGGCGCGGACGGCAUUCAAGACGCUCAGGCCGGAUUGCCGCCGGUUACCAUGUCUGAGCUGGCUGGAAUGGAUAUGACUGCCUUCAACAACCCUUUAUUGAACGAACAACCACUGGGGAUCUAUGAUUCUAUGGAUGGUCUACAAUUCCCCCGUGAUCCAGCUGAGGGCUUGCUAGCGCUUCAGAUGGCCAUGAAUUCAGCAGUCGACAAUCCACCAGGCCUAGAUCCUUCUCCAUAUAUUCAUGAACUUGACGAGCCGCGUAUCUCAGCAUACGCGAAGCUUGAGUUUGAAGAUGGCGAGUUCUACAUGAACACCCAUCAGGUCAUACUGGGGCGUGAUCUAGCUGCCGCGCGGGCAGCGAUGCGCCGAGAUCAAGAAGAGAAACGCAUGGAACAGGCCGCAGGUAAUGAGCCUCAUACGCCCGUGCAGAUCAAACGAGAUGAAAGCAGGUACACCAGAUCUGUGAUCAGCGAGAGUGGCGGUAUCUUAAGAGAAGGCGACGAUUCAGACCCCGAGACUCGGAUGAGGAGGCGCAAAAGUCGCAAGGCCAGCAAGAAAUCUAAGUCCACAGGCUCUUCAUCACAAAAUCAUUCGAGGAGGAAUUCUGUGGUCAAGCCAAAUGGUUUUGUCGAGUACCAGGCUCAGUCCCAGGUUAGAAGAUCGGCUCCAGAAACAGACGGGGCAGUACCUGUCGAUCCGGCAUCACUUCGCCCUUCUCCGCAUGAUUGUCCUUUGGUUGGAAUACAUCCUCCGGCCGCUAUAGCUGCAAGUGGGUACAAGGCCAUCUCGCGAAAACAUGUCAAGAUAGCGUACAAUCCAAACAAGCUUCUUUUCGAGGCCCAUAUCAUUGGACGAAAUGGAGCAUUUGUGGACGAUGAAUUCUGUUUUCAUAACGAUGUCAUUCCACUAAAGAGUGGAAGCCGGUUACAGAUCGGAGGUGUCGUCGUACGAUUCGUGCUCCCUGAUGUAGCAAUUGGUGAGACGGGUGCAGAGCAAAAGGCCGAGCAUGAUGAGAAUACAUACCCGGAACGUUAUUCGGAAGGAGGCAAGGAAAUGAGCUUUGACUUUGAGGAUGCACCUCGAGAUGGAGUUGCCUUAGCUGACACCAGCGAUGACUCUGGAGACGAGGAAGGUAAUAGAAACGAGGAGCAGGGAGAAGAUCCUGGUGAAGAUGAUGAGGAGGAAGAGGAUAGGGAAGAUGAAGUGCCUGAGAACAGUGAUGUAUCCGGGAUGGAAGAGGUUGUAAGCGAUCAGCGAGAAAGAGAAACAAGCGGAAACACAGCAAACUUGCCCGACCCUAUCCCCAGACCUGAGAAGAAACGUGGGCCAGGCCGGCCUCCAAAGAACGGUAUCAUGUCCAAACGCGAGCAGCAACUGGCCAAGAAGGAAGCACUAGCACUGGCGCAGGCUCAGGCACAGGACCAGGGACAGCAAAAGGCCCAGAAGUCUGUACCACAACCUCCUGGGACGGCUCCCACAAAGAACAAAGUUGGCCGACCACGAAAGCACCCACGACCGGAUACGCCUCCAAUCCAAAAGGAAAAGAGAAAGUAUACAAAGAGGAAACCAAAGGAGCCCAAGGAUCCAAAUGUCAAGCAAGAAGGUUCCGGGGAAGAUCAGCCUGCUAAAGAGAAAAAGGAAAGGAAAGAGAGGCCACCAAAGCCACCUCGUUCACCAUCACCGACCUUCAAUGAAGCAGAUCUCACUCCAGAGCAGCUCGCCAAGCCUCAGGCCAAUUAUGUUCAACUCAUUUUCGACGCUCUCUCAAAUUCUCCGACUGGCCAGAUGUCCCUACCUCAGAUAUAUCGGGCCAUCAUGCGUAAAUACCCGUUCUUUGUCCUCAAAACUACCACGAAUGGAUGGCAAAGUAGUGUCCGUCAUAACUUGUCACAGCACCAUGCAUUCAGGAAGGUUGAACGGGACGGUAAAGGCUGGAUGUGGGCUAUAGUUGACGGUAUCUCGAUUGAGAAAGAAAAGAAAAAGAAAGCUUCACCACCUCCCCAGCUACCUCCCGGGCAUAUGCACCACCAACAGAUACUCCAGGCAGGCCAUCCUCCGCAUAUGAUGCAAGGCCAUCCGUAUGGUCCUGGCAUGAUGGGACCACCUCCCGGGUACCCGAUGAACCAUAUGAUGCAUCCAAAUAUGCAUAUGGGACAACCCCCUCAGUACAUGGGCCCGCCACACCAGAUGAAUGGGCAGCCGCCUCCGCCUGCCUCCCAUCCACCUGUUAACGGACACCCACCUCCAGUUUACCCUGCAUCCGUCCCUCCUCAAUUAGCUGCACCCAAUACCGGUACAUAUAGCUCUCCAUACGCGCCAAAACCUAACCCGGCGACAACAACCCAGUCACAGUCUAAUGAGCAGAGGCCGUCAACUGAGCCCCGAGCUCCGACCCAGAUUGCCACUCCUGUUGUAACACCUCAUCAGCAGCAAAGCCAGCAGCAUCCGGUGCCACCACAACCACCGCAACAAACACUACCACCACAACAACUACAACAACCACAACCAGUACAGCCACAACCACCACCACCACAACAAUCCCAACAAUCCCAACAAUCACAGCAGCCACAACAACCACAACAACCGCAACAAUCUCAACAAGCUCGAUCGAACCCUCCGCCUAAGCCGGCCCACCCCAAUGAGAAGGUCCUUAGAUUCUUAGAGACUUUCAAGACAACCGUCAUUAAGUCAUUGAAAGAGAAGACGAACAAUGCGGAGGCAAUUGUAAACUCGGCAGUCAAUCGAACACUGGGUAUCACGGAUCAAAGCGCAGUCCCGGGCAAUACUCACGAGGAAAUGCUCAUCACCAUUCUAAGAAAUAGUCUCAGUCAAAUACCCGAGUCGAACAUAAAACCAAAUCCGCCCCAGACAGGUUCAGCGAAGUCUCAACCGAGUGAUCAGCGAUCGGCGCAAACCCCUCAAGCGAAUCACAAUGAGCCACAAGGCAAUACAACUCAGCAGUCUGUCAAGUCGACUGGGCCGGAAAAGUCAGGCCCAACUGUCAUGAGGCCAUCAUUCACAGGACAAAGUCAAAAUCGACCAAAUAGCACUUCAGUCCCCCGGCCACCGAUGAUGACGCCUGGUAUAAGGAGGACCAAUUCUGGAAGUCCUGCAAAUGCGCCUCCCCGAUCAAGUGCACCACCGUCAUCGGCCUCGCCUGCACCAACUCCAAGUACCAUCAAUGGAGCCAGCACACCCGUAGCGGCCAUAACCGAAAAUGGGCAACUCGCAGGACAGAAGAGACCACACGAUGAUGCUGACGAUAUGCGGGAGUUCAAAAGGCUAUCAACUUCCGGUCCACCCCAGGUGAAGACGUGA